AUGGCCACUCAGGGGUGGGCAGAUGCGAUGCUUCAUCAACCUAAAGACUUUAUCGAAGUGAGCCGAUUGCUGUAUGAUCCACCACCACAAAUCGGGAGCCUCUCUGCAGAGGAGAGGGGCAGUAGGCUGGUCCAGGCGGCUGAGCGGGGGGCAGUGGGGGCGCUGAGGGCGCUGAUCGCCGCAGGGGCCGAUGUUGCGGCGAGGGGCGAGUGGGGGCGGACCGCCCUGCACUGGGCAGCGCGCAGGGAAGUGGCGGCUGCGCUGCUCGACGCGGGGGCCGACAGGGGGUCCACAACUGGUGAUGGGCGGACAGCGCUGGACAUCGCCAGGCAGUACAACAGGAGGCGGCUGGUGGAGAUGCUGUCAUGA